UUUGCAUUCAAUUUUAGAAAUUUGGAUAGAAAGAGAAAAGAAAAGAAAGAAAAAGCUCUUAUUAUUUACUUUAAUUACUUGAAUUUUGUCUUUCUAUUCUUUUACUUUCUCUUGUUGUUGCAAGUUUCCAAAUUAGUUUCUUCGAUUUGUUGAUCUAACUUUUGCUUCUCUCGAUCUUUCCCUUCAAUGGCCACUAAAGAUCCUAAAGAGAGAGAAAGAGUAGAGAGAGAAAGCAAAAGAACAAAAAAAGCAAAGUGAGUGACUUUGAUAGUCAAUUGUAUUGUACCAUCAGUUUUUUUUUUUUUUUUUUCAAAGAAAGAGGUUUUAAUAGCUAAAGGCUCGAACUUUACUAAAUUUUUGGGUGUUGGGAAUUGAGUGUUCUAUUGGGUUUGGUUUGGUUUGAUUUGUUUGGAUUUGAUAUGGGUGGGUGUUUUCCUUGUUUUGGAUCAUCAAACAAGGAGGGUACUGAUGGUGGCGGUGCUAUCAAAGAAGUGGCCAAGAAGGAUUCAGUCAAAGAAGGCUCAGUUGCUCAGUCACACCAUGUUGGUAGAGUUAGCUCAGACAAAUCAAAAUCACGAAAUGGCUCUGAUCCUAAGAAGGAGCCAACAAUUCCAAAAGAUGGACCAACUGCUCAUAUUGCAGCACAAACAUUUACAUUCCGGGAGCUUGCUGCUGCAACAAAGAACUUCCGACAAGAGUGUCUAUUGGGUGAAGGGGGUUUUGGACGGGUUUACAAAGGUCGUUUGGAGAGCACUGGACAGGUAGUUGCUGUAAAGCAGCUUGAUCGGAAUGGCCUUCAAGGAAAUAGGGAAUUUCUAGUGGAGGUUCUCAUGCUCAGCCUCCUCCACCAUCCCAACCUUGUUAAUUUGAUUGGUUAUUGUGCUGAUGGGGAUCAGCGCCUUCUUGUUUAUGAGUUUAUGCCACUGGGGUCAUUGGAAGACCACUUGCAUGAUUUUCCAUCAGACAAGGAGCCUCUAGACUGGAACACUAGGAUGAAGAUUGCAGCUGGUGCAGCUAAGGGGUUAGAAUACUUGCACGACAAAGCAAACCCACCUGUUAUUUACCGGGACUUAAAAUCAUCCAACAUCCUUCUUGAUGAGGGCUAUCACCCCAAGUUAUCAGAUUUUGGACUUGCGAAACUGGGUCCUGUUGGUGACAAGACGCAUGUCUCAACACGUGUGAUGGGGACAUAUGGUUAUUGUGCUCCUGAAUAUGCUAUGACUGGUCAACUUACUUUAAAAUCUGAUGUCUAUAGUUUUGGAGUUGUAUUUCUUGAACUUAUCACAGGGCGCAAGGCCAUAGAUAAUACCCGGGCUCCUGGAGAACAUAAUCUUGUCGCAUGGGCUCGACCACUUUUCAAAGAUCGUAGGAAGUUCCCCAAAAUGGCUGACCCACUGCUUCAAGGGCGUUAUCCAAUGCGAGGAUUAUAUCAGGCUCUUGCAGUUGCAGCCAUGUGCUUACAGGAACAAGCAGCCACAAGGCCUCUAAUAGGGGAUGUUGUGACUGCACUCACAUAUUUAGCUUCCCAAACGUAUGACCCAAAUUCUGCCAAUCAAAGUAACAGAGUUGGGCCAUCUACUCCUAGGAACAGAGAUGACCGGAAGGGCAUGGCUGAUGGGCUGGACAGCCCAGAUGAGCAUGGACGUGGUGGAUGGCAUGGCUCCCCUUCUACAUAUAAAAAUUCACCUGAUUAUAGAAGGCGUGACCCUAUGAGGGAAUCAAGCACCGCCAGCGAGUUAGGAAGGAGCGAAACUGGUGGUGGGUCUGGCAGGAAAUGGGGUUUGGAUGACUCUGAGCGACAAGAUUCUCAGAGAGGAAGUCCAGUAAAUACCAGCAGAGUUAGGGAGACUCCCAGGAAUCGGGAUUUAGAUAGAGAGCGUGCAGUUGCAGAAGCAAAAGUUUGGGGUGAGAAUUGGCGAGAGAAGAAGCGUGCAAAUGCAAUGGGUAGCUUUGAUGGUACAAAUGAGUAAAAAUUGCAGUGCAAGGCCAAUUCAUGUCUUUGAUUUGUUCUUGGCAAAAUAUAUGUUGUAUGCUUCCAGGGGUCAUCAUGAAGGGAAAAAAGAAGUUGUAGAUACACAGUUCUUGAAUGUUCUUGGUUCCCAUUUCUGCCAAGGGAAUAAGACUUGUUGUAUCCAACUUUGACUGCUGAUGUUAUUGUCCUGUAUCAUUCUUGUAGUCAUGAGUAUGAAAUUGAAUGCUUCAAUUAUGUGGUUGAAGGAAGGAAAACAGGGAGAGAUAAAGGUCUUCAGGGCAGAGGGGGGUGUUAAUGUUUGGUUUUCGGGCAUUUUACAGGGAACCCCACUGAAGAAUGAUGAAUGCAACAUGUUAAUGUUAUGUACUUAGGGUUUUUUUAUUUUUUUUUUCUUUUCCUUGAAGUUCUUUGCCACAGGAAUCUGGGAAGGUAGUUAAUUUUUGGCCAAUGUAUUUGUGGUUUUAAUUAUGUGGGGAAAGACUUAGAUUGGUGGGUUUGGUUUGGCCGUCUCAUUGGUGUUACAUAUUGUACUCAAUACGGUCUUGUGUAUGGAUUUCUGAGUCCGGUCAUGUUUCGGCUUAUACAGGAAGUUUUCAUCA